AAAAAUAACUAGUAGUACCAGAGAAGGACCCGAUAAAGAAAACUGGAAAAUUUGCGAUUUUGCUCAUAUUUGGUCAUAUAGAGGAGAGGAGGCGCUCGCGAGAGAGUGAGAAGGAGAAAGGAAUCUGGAUAGCCAUGGCGGAACCUCCAAAGCUCUUCACCAAUAAACCCAAAAAGGCGCAACUGAAACAAUUUCAAGAUCAGAAAGCGAAGGACUUUUCUUCACCAUUGUCGUCAUCGUCGUCAUCAACGGGAAGUCAGCCUCCCCCUCCGCCUCAGCCACCAAAAGAGUCAUUUGCUCGGCGUUACAAAUUCCUCUGGCCCAUGCUUCUCACCGUUAAUAUCGCUGUCGGAGCUUACCUUUUCAUGAGAACAAAAACGAAAGAGACAGAUGUUGAGGACGAUAUAGAGGAUGAAGUUGUAACUAUAGUACAAACAACAGCUGCUGAUACUGCCCCUGUCGAGAAACCUCUACCCUCGCCAACCAUCAAUGAGCCUACUAAGUUGCGAGAACCAAUCCUGGAGAGUCAGCAACGCGAGCUUUUCAAGUGGAUAUUGGAAGAGAAAAGGAAGAUCAAGACAAAAGAUCCUGAAGAAAAGAAGCGCAUUGAUGAAGAGAAAGCUAUUCUUAAGCAGUUUAUUCGAGCAAAAUCUAUUCCAGGCCUGUAACUGGUAAACAACUGUCGUCAAAGUAUAUAGAGUACCAAAAGAAAAGAGAGAAUUUUCUACUUUUUGAAACUUCAUCUUCUUUGUUUGUCAUCACA